AUUUCAUUUUUAUCACAUUUCAUCAUUUAUUUUUUUAAAUUAUUAUUAUAGUUUAUAUUUUAUGUCCUGAAAGAAGUUGGAACCCGAAAAACUCGUAAUGGUUCUGGAGUUUUUAUCGAAGCGAUACUGGAAGCAACUUAUCGCCAUCAAUGCCGUCCACAUCGUAAGUAUUGGCUAUGGCGUAACGGUAGGAUGGACGGCACCAAUAAUCCCGCUGCUCCAGUCCGCCCACUCACCGUUCCCGGGGGACCCAAUUACCGUGGAGCAAGUGUCCUGGGUGGGGUCGUGCUUCUCCAUCGGUGGCAUGUCCGGGACACUUCUUUACGCCCUAAUUCAUACCUAUUUUGGGAAGAAGACAGGUCUCCUGAUGCUGGCGAUUCCUCACCUCAUUCUUUGGAGCCUAUUGUGGAUGGGCGACAACGUGUACUACGUCUACAUAGCAAGGUAUUUGGGAGGCCUUACCGGAGGAGGAAUUUUCGUCAUAGUACCGUUGUAUGUAGCAGAUAUCGUCGAUAGAAGGAUUCGAGGGUCACUCGGUUCGUUAACGAUGCUGCACAUAAACUUUGGUCUGUUGGCAUCGUACACCGCUGGCAACUACCUUCCGUACUAUUUCAUACCGAAAAUCAUGCUCUGCCUGCCGAUUGCCUUCCUCGCAUUGGUUUGUUUACUGCCGGAAACACCGUACUGUUUACUGCGGAAAGGAAAGGUCGUUGAGGCGGAAAAGUCACUCAUGUUCUAUCGCAACAUACCGGACGUGACGCGGAAAACUCUAUCCUUUGAGUAUGAGUUCGAAAGUCUCAAAACAUUCAUUUUGACCGAGGCCAACAAGGAUAAGUUAUCGGUGGCAGAUUUCACUACACCGGCAGCCAUCAGGGGGCUUUUCAUCUCUAUCUUUGUUAUGGCUUUAAACCAGUUCUGUGGCAUCUUUGCUAUAGUGACCUACGCCGGAAACAUCCUGGAAGCAUGUAACACCAGCUUGGACACCAAAUAUGUGCUUAUACUGAUUGCAUUAAUUAACAUCUGUGGCAACAUAACUUCGUUCAUUGUCGUUGAUAUGGCCGGCAGGAAGACGUUUCUGCUAAUUUCCACAAUUGGAGUAGGAAUAUCUCUGGGUAUCCUGGGGCUGCACUCGUAUUUCUCCUACAAUGAGGACGGCAUCGCAAACAAUUCUUGGGUUCCAGUACUGGCGCUGCUGGCGUUCAUCUACUCAGCCGGAUUGGGCAUCACAAAUAUGGUUGGAUUCAUCAUUCCGGAAGUUUUACCAGCAAAGAUCCGUAGCAUAGGGAGUACAAUCAGUGUGGGAAUGCUGUGCUUCUUUGCCUUCGUUGUAUUGAAAGUGUACCCGAUUUUGCUGGAAAGAAUAAACGUCCACGGAACAGUGUGGAUUUCUUGCGGCGUAUGUGCAAUAUCAAUUUUAAUAAUAAUAUUCAUAAUGCCGGAAACAAAAGGGAAGAACCUUAUUGAUGAGGAUGCCGAAAAGAAACCGAGAAGGAAUGCUUAUUAGACAAUGCGUAUGGCACAAUGAAAAAAAUGAAAAUGAAUUAUAAUAGUAAUGAUUCAA